AUGGCGUCAACAUCAGCAAUUUCGCUACCCUUGCUUCCUUGCUCCAGAACCAGACCCCACCGGAAAACAAAUUACAGGGCAUUAUCGACGACCGUAUCGGCGUCGCUGCGGAACGAGAACUACGGGAGAUCAGUGGUGGACGAGAACCUGAUCGUGCUGCGGAAGAGGAUCCACGAGAUGAAGCAGGCGGAGAGCAGCUACGAGCCCCCGGCCCACUGGAUGGAGUGGGAGAAGAAAUGCUACGCCGGGAAAGACGAGUUCGUCUGCGAGCUGAUGGGGUUGUUGCAGACCUGGAUGAUGGACGCGAGGCCGUGUCUGGUUCUGGGUGCGAUCUUGGUGGUUGCUCUGAGCGUGCCCGCGGUGGGGGCGGUGGCUUGGUUUCAAAUGCUGGCUGUGAUUAAGGGAGUCUUUACACGGUUCCCGUAAUUAAUUAAUUAAUUUGAUUAGAUGUUUUAAUAGAGUUUAAUUCUUUGAUUUGUCUGAUCCAGUCAAAGAAAUGUAUAUAUAUGAAUCGCAAUGAUUUUGCGUAACUUGCUCUUUGGAUAAUGGUUUCUUUUCUUGUAAA